AUGAUUUAUAUAAUUAAAAAUGUAGUUAACAAUAUAAAACAUUUCAACGAUGUAAAAAUGAAAUUAUUUUUAAAAGAACAUAUUUUUAAAGAGAAAAAACUAGUAGAUGAAUAUAAUUUUAACAACUCUUCAUCUAUAUUUUUUAAUGACGUAUCAUUUUUUUUAGAAAAUAAAAAAAAGGAAAAUACACUACUUUUCAACAAGGUUAGAAAUGAUAAAAAACAUAGAAAAAGAGGUUUUCAAAAAAGAGGAUACUGGAAGAAAAUGCAUUAUUUUAUUAGAAAAAAUAACAUGAUGUGUUAUGCUUUUAAAGUUCAAAAUAUUGAUUAUGAAAAAAUCAAAAAAUUAAAAAGAGGAGAAAUAUAUUCAAAUUAA